UCACACAAGCAUUGCUUUUGUACAUAAUGCUCUCGACUGGCUCGUAGCCUACACUGUAGCAGGGAGGCUGUUUAUUUCAGGUUCAACUUUUUCCAGAGGGCCUCACAACUUUGUUUUAAAUUUGAGAUGAAUCCAUCCUAACAAUACGUGGAUGUUCUCUUUGUUCCUAACAAACCCAAGGCCAGGCAUCAAUUGUGUUUGCGUACAUGAGAGGUGACGUCACGUUGCACUGACUCAUGACAUGUUGUGCAGCCGCGCUCUUCUUUGCCACCUAGAGAGUCUUCACAAAGCAGCUCGUGCCUUUGUGUCAAGGUGAGCACAGCUGCAGCACAAGGUCUGAUGAUGUGAUAUCAGGCGAUGAUAUCACCCCUUUCAGGACUUCAGGAAACACGUCUUCAAAAUGACGCACACACACAAAGUCCAGCCAGGAGGCCAGCUGCUUCAGUUCCACGGCCAACAGAAGGAUCCAGCUGCAUCGAUUACUAUAAAUAAGUCAUGAGCCAAACAGGACCAGUGGGAAAGAGAGAGACGCUGCGGCGCUGCUACAGCCGUGUGAAGGAGCAUGGCAUCGGCAAAAGGAAGAGCAGCUACACUAUAGAGCAGCUGGAGAAGGUGUUUGGUCAGGGAGGCUGGGACUCCCAGAGCUGUGCCCCAGUGCUGAUCAACAGCAGUGGGCUGUAUCAGGAAAUGGAGUCUGAUGGCAGCACCCUGGAAGACUUCUCCCAGGAGGACUGGUGCAACCAGGUGCUGGACUCAGCCUUCCAGGAGGGAGACAUGGAGACUGAAGAAAUCCAGGUGCCUAAAAAUAGAGCUCUGCAGAUUCAAGCAGAGCUGUCAGAACAAACCCAAAAAAGAGACAUGAUGCAGACUGUGAUGCGUAUCCUUGAGUCAGUGCAGCUGAAAUGGGAGCACUUCCAGACGUGGACUGAGUUCUCACGGCUGCACCUCUCCAACAAAUUGGCCAUCUUUGGCGUGGGCUACAACACGCGCUGGCGAGAGGACGUGCGUUACCACUACGCUGAAAUCAGCUCGCAGGUGCCGCUGGGCAAGAGGCUUCGUGAGUACUUCAACCCAGAGAAGCCGGAGGGCCGCAUCAUCAUGACAAAAGUUCAGAAGAUGAACUGGAAGAAUGUCUACUACAAGUUCCUGGACAUUACCAUCAGUGAGGCGCGCUGCCUAGAGCUGCACAUGGAGGUGGACUGGAUACCUGUAUCCCAGUCCAGGGCAGCAGGCUGCAGCAAAGGCACAUCCCACUACCUCCUUCCUGGGGACAUCCCCAAGACAUAUGGACUCUACGCUAUUGGCUACGAGACAAUGUUGUCCUCUAACGACACCGCUCAGACCUCUCCCCAGGCUGAAGACCAUAGCUUACCUCAGUGGGAGUCAGAGAACGGGGCAGAAAGUCAGGCUGAUGGAGAAGGUGCAGGGAAAGGUGACAGAACUGGGGCUAAAGUCACUUACUGCUACCUAGGCAUAGCUGAGGAUAGGACCAUACAGCAGUGUCUCUUCCAGCACUUUCAAGGUUCUGGCAAACACUACGUCCACGGUGGACCCUCCACCGUGACGCGUUUCCUGCAGGAGAACUGCCGCAGUGCCGUCCCGAGUCACGAUGGUGAGGGAGGUGAAGACUCAUCUCAGCAUUUUGCCGUUUACAUAAAGUUCAUAGAGGUGGAGCUGGACUUCCUCUCAGCAGGCUCUCUGGUGGAGUGCCUCGAAACUGCUGUUGGUUAUUCCUUGAAAUACAACAACAAAGAAACAUUUUAACUGCACUGCACAAGUGUUUCAGAUUUGUAUUGACUAAAGAUAUAAUUAACAAGUGUUACAGCCGGUAAGGCAACAUGGGAGGCGACCAAUUCUGUCUGUUAUAGCAUGGGUGUGUGCAAGAGUCUGCCAUUUUUUGCAGCCUUUUCAGCUUUACUGAAGUCUAAAAAGAAUGACUAUGCACAAUAUGGCAAAUGUAUUGUGUUUAAAUAUGGGAACAGUAGUAGCUAGUAUUACAGAGCUGCCACAUCCGAGACGUAUGUACUUAUUAUUUCAGGCUAAUGUGCACUAAAAAGGUUUCUGCUGCUUGUUUAAUGUAGAUAGAUAUUGCCUCAUCAGGGAGUGUGGGGUUGGCAAGGUGACUACUGCAGUAUGCAUCUGUCUACCUCAGUAGGAUGUAGCAAACAAGGCAGCGCAGGGACCAUAGCGUGUAUUUAUUUUCUAAAACUGCCUUUACUUUGACUGUUGGGGUCUGGACCUGAACUCACAAAGCAUCUAAGAGUAACGGCUGAUUUAUGCCUUAUUUUUUGCAUGUGGAACUGGCAGCUAGAGAUGCUUACAUGCAAAUUAGGCAGAAAAAGCAAAGAAUUAGUAUUUGCCAGUGCUGUGCAGAAGGUAUAGACCAGUGAUACCUGUUUAUCCAGCAGUGUGAACACUGGGUGCGCUUCAAACCCCCGACCGGCUGGUUGGGCUUCCACUUCAUUUCAGUUCAGCACACAAAACACCACAUGUCGCUUGGGCCAACCUGUAUUUAGCUCUGUGCAGCAAGUAAACAAAAUAUCAAGUGUGCCAAUGGCAAUGUUAAUAAUACAGUCACACAGCUGACUGUGGCUGAAUCCAAAUAGAAAAGCUUCUGAUGUGUCUUUGCAACACGUACACGCUGUAAAGGGAUUAAAUUGACCUUUAUCACGGGAUCUGUCCCACCUGCUGCUAUUUGAUUAUCAGCUGAAUGAGAGUCGUACCUGCUGCCUCACAUGCCGCCUACACUCCAUUUAACCCGGGUUCCCACCCUUGCCCUUACGUAAAAACAGCACGCCAGCAAAACCAAAUGAAGCGCACUUUUUAAGCUGUCUUGGUUAUCUGUUGAGCUCUCUUGCUCACUCUGGCAUGGUCCUUUAUAGCUCUAAUGUACACUCAAAUGCUUGAAUAGUUUGGUGGCAUUUAGAGUUGCAAGCAAACCUGUAGUACAUGACAUUGAAUUUUGUCUUUGCUAAAUAUUCUGAAAUGCUGCCAGACCAGUAAGGACAUUUUUGAUUUACUUCUCGUGUGUUUUUGGUGCCAUGGUAUCGGCCAAAAUGGGAAAUCACUGAUAUGGAUAAUGGAUAAUCACUGGGAUGUAAAUAAACAGUAAGUUCAUGUUUAUUGUUGGCCAGUACUUUGGAGCAUCUCUAGCUGCAGCUGUGGGGCUGUGUUGAUGAGUUACCAGCUCCUCCCACAUACUGGCAUUUAAAUGCACCAGUAUUGCAGGUAACACAUAAUCAUGCCAGUGGUUGUGGUAGUCUGCUAGCUGACAGGUAUGAACCAGUCUAUGAGCACUGAUUUACAACUUCUAGUAAAGUUAAGACUAUAAGCUGCAGAGGUUUACUCAUCCUUGACUAAGAAUCAAACUGAAGACUUUAUAGACAUGAUUCCUGAAGUUAUGUGCAAUGUGCCAGGAAGAGACUGUGUAGAGAAGAAUCAAACAAUGGAGAAGUAUGAAUAUGUAUAUGAAAUCUACCUUAUAUAUAUAUAUAUAUAUAUAUAUUAUAUAUAUUUAAGAAUAUUGUUGUUCUUGAGCAUUCCAGCUUUUGCUAACUUGCAAUGUUCAUUUGUUUGGGUAUACAGUAUAUAAAGAUAAAUAUGAUAUUUUAUAUUUUAUUGGUUGACCUCAUGUCUCGUAUGUGAUUGUUUUGAAGUCACCGUCUUGUAUGUUUACAUGUUUGAAAAACAAUAAAUGGGGCACUCACUGUCAUUUGCCACACAGUGAA